AUGCUGGAGUUUGGGGAGAAGAACCACGAGGUGUCCAUGACAGCACUGAGACUGCUGCAGAGGAUGAAAAGAGACUGGAUGCACACAGGACGGAGACCCUCAGGACUGUGUGGUGCAGGUAACAAUGAGCUCAGGUAAACCACACCACAGGUUACCACCACAAUCACAGGUAGGCUAAUCCUUAUCAUAAAUAACAGAAACUGCAGGGGAACCAUGUCCACUGGUAUCGCUCACCACAGGGAGCUGUAAUCAUAGGUCAGAUCAGGUGACCUUCGAUCAUAGGUGACCCCUAAUCACAGGUAACACUCAUAAGUAACCACAUAGGCUCCAAUCAGUGAUAUUGUACUGCAGUCUGUUCCCUACUUACUGGACUUGGAACAGAACACUCCCUGCUUAGAUGUAUUACUGGCAAGACAUCCUGAAACUGAAGAACCAACUUCCCCAGGCAUGUGGACAUUUAUGAUCCUGGUUUCACUAUUCUGCCUUUCUUGCUCUUCCUCAGCUGCAAUAUCAGAAUAAUUAAUUGCUUAUCAUUAAUCAUUGAGAGGAUUCACUUACAUAGAGGAAAGAAAAGUUUAGAUGAGCUUGUUACCCAAUAUGAAGUGAAUGUGUGAGAUCGACCAUGGGAUUUCUAAAAGUAGGCUACUAGAACAACGAAGGCGAUUCAAACUAUUUGUGUAAGAACUGAACCUUACAUCCAUCUUUAAACAGACCUUGUGUUAUGUAACUGACUGCAUGCACAGUAGCAUGGGUUACUAUACUACUGAAUUGAUAAUUUAUCUAGUGACUUAGAAUAUUUACAUUUUAGUCAUUUAGAAGACGCUCAUCCAGAGCAACUUACAUUUUCGCACUGUUCCCCCGAUGGGAAUUGAAACGACAAACCUGGCAAUGCAAGCGCUACAUGCUCUACUAACAUUAACAGAUUAUUAUAACUUGAAUAUUACAACAUUUGGUGGGUAAAUUGGAAAAUAUAAGUGGAUAUUAAACUUGUCGGCAAGGUGUGUGUGAUGGCGUGUGUUUCACCUGUGCGUUUGUUUGUGUUCUCAGCCCUGUUGGUCGCUGCGCGCAUGCACGAGUUCCGCCGGACCAUCAAAGAAAUCAUUAGUGUAGUGAAGGUGUGCGAGGCCACACUAAGAAAGAGGUGAGCGCUGCUUGAAAAGCACAUUACAGCAUCCUCCAAAUGAAAUAUAAUUAGCCUUGCAUGUUCUCAGUAAUCUCUAUGAGGAGUAUGCUGACGCUUUUCUUUCUCAUGGUUCAGGUUGAAUGAGUUUGAGGACACGCCCACCAGCCAGCUGACCAUUGAGGAAUUCAUGAAAGUGGAUCUCGACCAGGAGUGUGACCCGCCCUCUUUCAUUGCUGGCCAGAGGAAGAAAAGAAUGAAGCUGGUGAGGAGGAACUGAAGAAAGGAUACAACCGUACCAACCUUAUUUAUUUAUCUUGUCCUAUGUUUUAGCCAGUGUUUUGUCUCAAUAUGGUACUGCUGUUUUUUUCAUUCACACCCUGGUCUUUUGUGUUUUUUCCUUCUAGCUUGAGGAAGAGUUGGAGAAGAAGAUUGGCGAUGUUCAAGGUACGGUUAUGAAAAAUGUCUAGUCAAGUGCUAACCAAAAAACUCUUCAAAAAUAUACAAAGAUUGUAAAGUCAGUCGUCAGAGUUGUCUGGGUUUUAUCUCAACAGGUGAAAUCCAUGAGUACCAAGAUGAGAUUGAGAUGGAGCUGGAGCAGAGCCGGCCCAAGUUGAGAGGGAUGUACGCCUCCUGUGCAAAAGCCGGUACGACACAGAGGGGUCCUGCUGCGCUCAGCAGCCAUGCAAGUUCUCUAGUUAGGACCCUCUGGGGAGGGGGAAUUUCUCACUAUGCUGCCAGUCUACUGUCGCUAGAGCCUGAAACUCCUGUGGUUUGUCUAAAUAUACAGGGGGGGGGGGGGGGAAUGUGUUCACUCAGUGCAAAUGAGAAUGUGAUGAUGACGCACAUUUGCAGUCCAACUGUGAUGAGCUAAACCCCCUCCAACCAUAUGUGCCCCCCUAGCUGGUUGUGUUGCGUUUCAUUCUUCAUCUCUGCACGGCCUCAGUAGAGGGGCCGCUGGCAGGCUGUCAGCGUCAUGUAGGCCUGUUGCUCCUCUGCCUGGGCUGGGAAGCACAAUUAUAACACACACACUGGGCUUUUAUCAACACUAAGAGGGCUGUCAUCAUGACGAUACUUUGACAGCUUGAUGGUACCGUAUAAUUAAACCAAGUGCUCCUUUUAUAAGGUAUGUUGUCUCAAUAGCCAGGUUGAUAGAUUCACCCAUAACUACAUGAAGGACUCGAUUGUAAACCCAGAUGUCAUAGAGUUUUAAUUAGUUUCAUAAUGACCCACAACAACGACCUAAAUGAAUCUGCCUUGAAAUGUAAUGUUAGUCUCUUUACUUAUUAUCUGCAUCAUUUACUUUUUAUCAGUUUCAUGAAGAAAUGUAAUUGCAUGUAGGAUUUAUAGGAUUUUAUUGGAUCCCAGGGGUCCACAUGUCUUGCUCUUUCUCUCCACCUCUCCUAGGCCCCCAGGAGGAAGAGGAUGAUGAAAUAUCUCUUCCUGAUGGGGAGGAGAGGGAGGACGAAGAGCUGAAGGCUGUGGCCCAGCACCUCAAUAAGGACCUGUGUGACCAGGUGAUCUCUGGAGAGGAGGAGGAGGAGGAUGGAGAGGGGCAGGAGGAGAGACCUCCACGCAGAGGCCCAUCGCUGGCCUCCCUCCUGGGGCCCAUGCCCACCGCAGCCAGCCUGGGCCUCCCAGAGUCUAUCAGCAAGUGCAUCGGAGAGGAGAAGGAGAACGGUUAG